GGGGGCGAGCAGAAAAACAACAAGCGCCAUCGAAGUCGCUUUUUGCCGGUAUUUUUGGCGAAAAAAAUGAACGAGAACAGUCCGGAAGAAGUGGUUCCAGCGUGUAAUGUGGAUCUUUUGCAACCCGACAGGACACACAUUUCUGCCUGGCGAGAUAAAUCCGAGUUCCAGCACGUGUUCCGGCAGCUGUUUGAAACGACCGCGGAAGAUUUCGAAGCAAAGGAAGACGCCUUACAAUGGCUCAACGUGUGGAAGGUUCGGCAAAAUAAGAGCGUUCCAGUUUGCGUUCGCUGCACAGCGACUGUGCUCGAGGCUCAGCUGUUCGAUCUCCGGAUACAGCGUGAGGAGGGAGAUCCGAAUGCGACCGAAAUCAAGAACAUUUACGCUGGUGCGUUCACCCGCUUCGUCAACUACGUUACCGAGGAAACGCAAACGUAUCAGCAGCACAGGAAGAGAACGAUCGCCCAGCAUGUCCGCGGUAUCGGUAUCGAGCCGUUUCUCGUCGAACUGCGGCACCUGUGUGCCCAUCGAUCGGUAUCGAUCGCGAUCGAUGUGUUCCGGCGGUCGGCCGAGUACUGCAUGGACUGGUUGAAGGUUUCGUACUGGCAGCGUGAACUGAACACCAUGCAACCGGUCACCUAUGGAACGCUACACCGGGCCAAACGAGCCCCGCUAAGCGACGAGUUCUGCACCGUCCUCCGUGCGUAUGAUGCCGCGAUGGCCGGGUUGUUACGAAAGUGUUCCACUGUGCAGCAGACGCGCCCCCAUCUGACCGAUCCCGAGUACGAGACGCUGCAAGCGGAAGAGACACGUCGCGGAACGGACCAGCUGCGAGUGAUCGCAAUGCACCUUCUGGCACAGUUCGUGAGGAAUCAGCGCACCAUCGCACACAACUUGAACGGUGUACGGAAGGUGUGCGAUGCGGUAAUGUCCAAUUGUCGCUACCUGAUGCAAGAUCCGGUCCGGUUCCGACAGAGACACUGGGGAAAGCUACACAGUGCCUUCUUCCGAGCGCUCGCCGAGACCGGUUGCUUGCAGGAACUGUUCGAUCGGCUACUGGCCGUGGCGGAGAGUGACACCGAGGACGAACAGAACCGUUCGGUGGCCAGCUUUUGGACGGUGAAGAUCGCGACCGGGUUCCAGCUGUUGAAGGAGUUCAAGAAGUACUGCCGAACGCUCCAUUCCCAGCGUUUGGUGUUGUUUCAGGAGUUGCAAAAUGGCAAAGUGAAGAGGAAGCUGAUGGCGGAACGGUUGGCGCAGGAGUGGUACCGGAAAAAGCUAAAGAAAACUGCCCCGCAGCAGCUCAUACUCGGUCUCACCGUCGACUGUCCCUGGCAUUUGCGGUUGGAUCGGCGCCAACUCAAGACCCACCUGAAUGCGAUUAACCAGCACACGAAGAAGGUUCUACCGAUAUUGUUCACACUAGUGGAACCACCUUUGACGGCCGCCCGUCAACAGCAUCUGUGUACGAUGAUCGAGAUCUACGCCGGCUCUUGGAGGCAGACUGGUGGCGGGCAGCAGGGCUCUAUGCCGAACUUUGACCAGCUUCUCGCGUCGAAAACAUAUGUCGUUCAGGAUCUGAUCGAACGGUUGGGAUGUGGACGAGCGGCGAAAAAAUGUGGACUAUGGGAGGAACCGGAUGACUGGUUGGACUGGGAUGAAUAUCCGCUAGGUAUCACAAGACGUGAGGGUUUGUGUAAAGCGUAAUCCAAGUGUUAGAAUUUGAUUGGCGUUCAUCGAAUCAACGCCGCACGCGACACAGAAGCGCCAGUCGAAUGAAAUAUAUACAUUGUUCGAUUUGC